GGGUGGUGGGUGAUCUCGUUCCCUCCAGCUGUUUUUGCGGAGGUUUGGGGAGGGGGAGGAGAUUGGCUCCUAAUGUGCAACUUUGGCUGCUUGGAGUUACCCACUCCCAUCUAGCCCAGCCCCGGGCUGGAAUCAAGACACCGGGUUUUUUUUGGGGGGGGUGUUGGGGCUGAGGAUGUCGGAGCGAUGCUUGUACCUGCGGGCAGCCCCAUGAAGAGAGCCGCACAGUGAGGAGAGAGAGAGAGAGAGAGAGAGAGGAUGGGGCGAGACCAGGAACUGGUUCAGACAGUGAAGAACGGAGACGUAACAGCAGCCCAGAAACUACUGGCAAAGAUCAAGGCUUCGAAAAACAAGCUGCUGGGAUCCUCCAAGAGGCUGAAUGUUAAUUACCAGGAUUCGGAUGGGUUCUCGGCUCUGCACCACGCUGCUCUCAGCGGCAGCACUGAGCUCAUCUCUCUCCUGCUGGAAGCUCAGGCAGUCAUCGAUAUAAAGGACGGCAAUGGAAUGCGCCCCCUGCACUAUGCGGCCUGGCAGGGGCUGGUGGAGCCCGUACGUUUACUGCUGCGGGCGGGGGCGGUCGUCAACAUGGCCUCACUGGACGGGCAGAUCCCACUACAUCUCUCGGCCCAGUAUGGACAUUACUGUGUGUCGGAGAUGCUCCUGCAGCACCAAUCCAACCCCUGCAUCGUCAACAAGGCCCGCAAGACCCCGCUGGACCUGGCCUGUGAGUUCGGCCGACUGAAGGUUGCCCAGUUGCUGUUGAAGAGUAACAUGUGUGUGGCCCUGCUGGAGGGACAGUCUAAGGACAGCCACGACGCCAACUUCACCACCCCCCUGCACCUGGCCGCCAAGAAUGGCCACAAGGACAUCAUCGGGUUGCUGAUCAAGGCCGGGAUCGACAGCAACAAGGUCUCCAAGACGGGAACCGCACUGCACGAGGCCGCGCUGUGCGGGAAAACACAGGUGGUGAGGCUGCUUCUCGAGGCCGGUAUUGACGUGAACAUCAGGAACACUUACAACCAGACGGCCCUGGACAUCGUCAACCAGUUCACCACCUCGCAGGCCAGCAAGGAGAUCAAACAGCUACUGAGAGAGGCCUCUGGGGUGCUGCAGGUACGAGCCCUGAAGGACUAUCGGAACAUUCACGACCUGACCUCGCUCAACAUCCGCGCCGGUGACGUCAUCACGGUCCUGGAGCAGCACGCUGAUGGCCGCUGGAAAGGCCACAUCCACGACAGCCAGCGAGGCACCGACUGUGUGGGUUACUUUCCCCCCGCCAUCGUGGAGGUCAUCAGCAGGAGGUCAGCAGGGGGCACACUGACCCGCCACGCCUCGGUGCCCACCCACCAGCGCCAGGCGAUGCCCAGGACCCCCCAGAAGGACGGCUCGUUCCAGCUUUGCCAGACCUUGCCGGCCCCUCACACCUACAGCCACGCCUCUUUCAGCCAACCCCGCCCAGACCCCGCCCCAGCAGGAGACAGGAACAGUGUGGGCAGCGUGGGCAGUACCCGCAGUGCAGGCAGCGGGCAGAGCACCGAGAGCGCCGGGGGUCAACCAGGCCCUGCCAGCCCGGAGAACUGCAAGACAUCGCCCCCUGCGGGAGACCAGGGACAUCACAAGGUGUUUGUGGGCAGUGAGCUGGAGGAGCCAGGGGCAGGGAUGGAGAGAGCCCCGGGGGUGUUGGGGUACAGGUGCAUGGAGCCGGGGUACUCACUGCAGUUCAUGCAUCCUGACCAGCUGCUGGAGGGCAAGGAUGCUGAGGCUAUCUAUAACUGGCUGAGUGAGUUCCAGCUGCAACACUACACGGCUAACUUCAUCACCGCGGGGUACGACGUGCCAACCAUCAGCCGCAUGACCCCCGAGGACCUGACAGCGAUCGGCGUGACCAAGCCCGGCCACAGGAAGAAAAUCUCCACCGAGAUCGGCAAGAUGAGCAUCCCAGAUUGGCUCCCCGGCUACAGACCGGCUGACCUGUCGGAGUGGCUGAGCGCCAUCGGCCUACCCCAGUACCACAAGCAACUGGUGGACAACGGCUACGACACCAUCAACUUCAUCACAGAGAUCACCUGGGAGGGUCUGCAGGAGAUCGGGGUCACGCAGCUCGGGCACCAGAAGAAGAUGAUGAUCGCAGUCAAGAAGCUUCUGGAAGUGCAGAAGGCCAUAAGCCAGGCGGAGGCGCAGGCCAAGACGGCCACGUUGCGCCGGAAGGUUCCGCGGGCCCUCGACAUCGUCACCAUCGAGCCGGCAACGGCUCUGGCGGCCCCCGAGAGCGGAGACUGCCCCUCCCCCCACACCCCCAAGAUGCUGACCUUCCAGGACAGUGAGCUGAGCUCGGAGCUGCAGUCGGCCAUGUCGGGCUCGGGCCUAGGCUGCCCGGAGAGCCUGGGGCUCAGGCCCGCGGCCGGCGGCAUCUCCCGCAGCCAGGAGAGCAUCGGGGUGAGGUCCCGGGGCUCGGGACACUCCCAGGAGCCUGCUGGGGGGCGGCCAGUCCCAAGAGAGCCUGGGCGGGGAGGGCCCACGGCCCCCCGGAGACACCGCCAGCCACUGGGAGCCCCUGAACGGCUUCAGCUGCAGCCCGAGCAAGGAGCGGAAGGUUCCGGAUGGACGGGAUCACUACCCCAGGCCCGUGCUCCAGAGGUCGACCAACGGGGUGAGGGUGGGGUCCACCCAACCCUCUCUCUCCCCCGGCUUCACCCCUCCCCCCACCCGAGGCAAACCCAAGCUCUGCCCCGCCCUGGAGCGCGGCCCCAACUCCCCGGCUCCUCUGCACCAGCAGCAGCAACGGGCACCGGCGUCAAAGGCCGGGUCUGGCUCCCCCACGCACCGGGGCCUCGGCUACCUGCCCUCCCCCCGGGGCAGCGACGGCUCGCACCACAGCCCGGGGCCGUGCCGCUGCCGGGAGCCGUGCCCGUUAUCCGCCACCUCCUGCCGGGCCGGGAGCUGACGAACGGCGACGUGUUCCGACCGAAGAAACGCUCCCAGAGCCUGAGCCGCUCUGCCGUGUCGGAUGGGGAGCACGAGCGCGAGGACGAGGAGAUGGACAUGGCGGCCAUCAGCUCCUACGCCACCCUGAGCCGGCGUCCGGGCCGGGGUCACCCCGCCCGGGCCCCCGCGCUGCUCAACGGCACCAUCAGCCGCAGCCAGUCCUUCGCCAUCCGGGCCAGGAGGAAAGGGCCGCCCCCUCCCCCGCCCAAACGCCUCAGCUCCGUCCCCGGCUCCCAGGAAACCCAGGGGCCCGGGAGGCCAGACGACGGGGACCCCGACCUGGUGCAGGGGCUGCCACUCCGGCCGGACACCGCGGAGGGAUUCCCGGGAGCGUUGGGCGGCGGGAGCGUCAGGAGCAUGGCGGCCAUGUUGGAAAUGGCGGCCUGCGGGGCGGGCUUCGCGGCCCUGCCGAGGCCCGGGGUCACCGGGGAGGUGGCGAUCGCCGUCGGGACCGCCAGGGAGGGGCCCCGAGGCGGCCUGGAAGCCGGGAGUCAACGGCAGCGACGGCGGACGUUGAGUGAGCCGGGGAUGGGGCUCGAGCACCUCGGGGCAGGGGCUACGGCGGAGGAGGAAGAUGAGGAGCUUCGAGCCGGUCACGGUGAUCUGGCCGGCUCCUCCUCCUCCUCCUCCCAGAGCAGCUCGAGCGAGUGCAUCCCCUUCGCCGAGGAGGGCAACCUGACCAUCAAACAGCGGCCGAAGCACCGGCCCGGCAUCGACACCGGGGGGCCGCAGGGGCCCGAGGAGGAGGGGCCGGGUCCCGCCCCGUCACCGACCGCCCCCGAGUUUAACCUGACCGAGUCGGACACGGUGAAGCGAAGGCACAGAGCCAGGGAGGGCGAGGGGGAGGCAGGUGGUGCCCAGCCCCCCCAGGGGGCUCACUACACCCAGGCGCAGGGGGCGCUGAUGCCAGAGCCCAGCCCCCCGGCCGCACCCCCUCCCCCGCCGCCCCGCCCACACAGCGAGCUGGAGGACGACACGUGUAUCGGGCUGAGGAUCGCGCAGAUCGAGAGGAGCAUCAGGUCCCUGGAGAAAGGCACCAAAACCACCCUGAAGCCCCCGCUCUCGCCCAAGCCCAGCCUGGCACAGCUCCCACACAGCAGCCUCGCCCUCCGCAGGCCACCGCUCACCAGGACACCCGCCACAGAGUGUUGCCCGGUGUCGGUGUGUGCCAGUCCGCCUCUCUCCCCACAGCGCACCGGUCACCAUCUGCCGUUUGCCCACCACCGAGCCUGCAGCCCCCCACUCUUCCCGUCACCCUACACCGUGCACCAGCCCCCGGCGAGGGCCCUCAGCCCGUGUGCCGCGGGGCAGUCGGUCCCGGGGCCCCCCCCGGGCGAGGUGGAGGCCACCCGGGCUCACCGCCGGCUGGAGCAGACCAGCACCUCCCUCGCCGCGGCUCUGCACGCCGUGGAGGCCAAACUGACCCAGGAUCAGGACAGCAGCGACGGCUCGGGCGGCGCAGUCAUCUCCACCGGCAACAUAUUGGACGACAUCGGCAGCAUGUUUGACGACCUCGCUGACCAGCUGGACGCCAUGUUGGACUGAGACCGUCUCGACUUGACCUGCGAUCGAUUGGCCUUCGAAAACACUAACCUGCCUCGGGUUGAAGCCUCACUGCUGUUAUGAGACGUUCACACCGACACAGAGACAGACCGCUGAGGGGUGGAUUGGUGCUCAGUGCCUCCUCCCACCCCCAUCAAAUACUCCCUGCCGCUGUAUUUCAGUGGAUCAUUCCCCCGAGGACCUCAAUCAUCAGACACUGUGGAGACAGCGAGCAGCUCUGAGGCUAACUCUCGCUCUCUGUGUCUCACUCUCUUGCUGCCUCUCCCUCUGAACCCAGCAUCGCAUCGCGAAUGACUGGUCAGAACGUCCAAAAGACGACGACACUGAUUUUUUUAUAUAUAUAUAUAUAUAUUAUAAAACAAACGUGACUGUAUAUAUUUCUUUACCGCUGGCUUCUGCUAACAGCACAAAAGCACUUAAAAAAAAAAAGCACAAACGUGUAUUUACUGGGGACCUGAAUAUCCAUUGUGAGAGCGUUGCUGAAUGAGCUGUUAUAUUAACACUUGAAGCCGAGUCUGGGCAAAAAUGCCUGAAACUGCUGUCACUAGGAGUCAAUCCUUGCACUUGUUUAACAUACAGACGUGUUGGACUCAU